AUGAGCCCUCCGGCACAGCCGUACACGCUCGAGUUAACUUCACCGGCCGUACUUCGCUUAGAGUCGCUGCUGCGUGACUCUAUAGCGUUGCGCGUGCUCAACAUACCAGAGCCGCCAUGCAGAGAACCGAUCAACCAGGCCGCGGCUCGCUUGGCUAUCCUCUUCUCCGGCGGACUCGAUUGCACGGUGCUUGCGCGCUUGGUGCACGACAUUCUGCCCCUUCAUGAGCCCGUGGACCUCUUGAACGUUGCCUUUGAGAAUCCUCGAAUUCACAAGGCUAACCGUGGAACUGGCGAGCAAGAUCACGAUCUCUACGGGGAGUGCCCUGACCGCGUCACUGGCCGUGCAUCCUGGGCAGAGUUGCGAACUGUCUGCCCGGGGAGAGACUGGAAAUUCGUAGCGAUCAAUGUACCUUUCCUGGAAACAACGGAGCACCGCGAACAGGUCAUUGCGCUUAUGCAUCCGCACAAUACGGAGAUGGACCUCAGCAUCGCUUACGCGCUAUACUUCGCAGCAAGAGGGCAAGGCUACCUCCUGCCAUCGUCGCCAGUGCUUGAGAAAGUACUGUACACGACCUCAGCGCGCGUUCUUCUGUCCGGUCUUGGUGCUGACGAGCUGUUCGCUGGGUACCAGCGUCACGCGACCGCAUUUAACCGCAACAGCUUCAAAGGUCUCCUCGACGAGCUAGACCUUGAUAUCGGUAGACUCGGCAAACGCAAUCUAGGGCGUGACGACAGAGUGAUCAGUCACUGGGGCAGAGAGGCGAGGUAUCCGUAUCUGGACGAAAACCUACUGACUUGGGCUCUCGCUGCUCCUGUGCAUGAAAAGUGCGGCUUUGGCGAUGUUCUGGUACCUGGCGUGGAGGCUAGCGAGAGUAUCGAGCCUGGGAAGAAGGUGCUACGAUGCUUAGCCUGGAAGCUUGGCAUGCAGCGAGCAGCAAAGGAGAAGAAACGAGCAAUUCAAUUCGGUGCUCGCACGGCCAAAAUGGAAACUGGCAAGACCAAAGGCACCCAGCUGCUCUCACCCAGAGAACGGUAG